AUUUUAAUCCACCAUUUCAACCUGGAACGUUUAUUCCUCAACCAGUACCCACGCAUGUUACCACAAGGUCAAAGACAAGGCCAAGAAGUAUGUCUACUGAUAAAAAACCUUUAAAUAUUGGUGGUAAUUCAUUGCCUGAAAUAGUUUCUGCAACAUCAUAUGAACAUCUUCCUUGGUCACCUGCUGUAAACUUUUUAGCUAAUUUGGCUCAAUCUACCGUAAGUAAAUCAAUGCCUUAUGAUGAAGGUCAACAAAUCGGUGAUUAUAUUAUUGGUAAAGUUAUUGGUCGUGGUGGAUUUUCCACAGUAAGAGAAGCUAUUAAGAUGGAUAAUAAUUAUAAUAUGGAAAAAGUUGCUGUCAAAAUUGUACGCAAAAAUCAAAAUUCGGAUUGUAAUGAUCGUAUUCAGGCACUUUUCGAUAGAGAAAUUCAUAUAUGGCGUGAACUCUCACAUCCAAAUAUCGUUCAAAUGAUUAUGCUUGAAGAGGAUGAAUAUGCUACUUACGUAUUUUGCGAAUAUUGUCCAGGAG